AUGGCAGGAGACGACCGCGCCGAGGACGCCGCCUUCUUUGACAAGCCUAGCGUCCCGACGACGAUCCGCUGGAUCCCGGACGCCGAGGUGUCUCUCUGCAAGGCCUGUGGCCUCCUCUUUGACUGGGUCCGGCGCAAGCACCAUUGCCGAUACUGCGGCCACGUCUUUUGCGAUCUCUGCACGACGUUCCGCAGCUUGAUCCGCGACGACAAGAUUUUAACGUCCCCCGAGAAGCGGUACCUCUCGGUGAACGCGUACAACCCGCAGCGCGUGUGCGAGCCGUGCUACACGCUGCUCUUGCCCGAUCAAAGCCUGCUCUGUAAUGACCUUUCUCAUCGCCUUGCGUCAUGA